AAUUGACCUUGGCCCAACGUAUAGCUCGCAUUGCUGCAAUACGGGCAAGGCAUGCACGCGGAGGCUGUUCUCUAAUACCCCUGCGAGCGCUGAGCGCGGCACAAGGCAAAGAAACGGCACGUAAGCCGAUUUUUUAAGCUAGCCUUGACGUCGGACAUUUGCAGCGGCGACGUAGAGCAAGAAACGCCGCCGUAAGCAGCGUCUGACGUAAAGAUGGACCUCAAGGACCCCAAGAUCCACGCGCCGCCGCCGCAGAAGAAACAGCGGGGCAAGCUCGCGACGCUCGACGCGAAAAUACUCAGUUUUUGCUACUCGGGCAGCAUGGUGUCGUGGAACCGCUUCUGCAGUCUUUGGUUGCUGAAGUGCGGCUUCUCGCCGCGCGAGGUGGGCCUCAUGAAGUCCCUGUCCCUCGUCGGGAAGUUGAUAGCGCAGCCGCUCUGGGCGGGAUCGGCGGACGUCGGCGCGCCGGCCGACGUGCUGAUGGGGUCCGUGGUGGCUUCUGUCGCUACUCUGGAAGCUCUGAGGAGAGGUACUCGAGAGGGCUUCCUACAAAGACAUGUGGGAGCGGGCGCGAGACCGCACCAGGCCCUGUGGGCCGUCGCGGCUUUAAGGGUUGCUAGGUCCGCAUCCUCGGCAGCCUCACCGGUCGCCGACGCCAUGGUGCUGACCCUCGCGACGCAGGGCAACGAGGCCUGGGGCCGCCAGCGCUUCUGGGGGUCGGCGUCGUGGGGCCUUGGCUCUUUGUUCGUGGGCGCGUUAAUUGAUAGGGUCGGCCUCGAGGCGGGCAUCUUCGGGAGUACCUACCUGGUUUGUUUUGCUUUAUUAUGUUUGCUCUUCUUUCGCGUAAGACCGCGGUGGCCCUCGUCCGAGAGUGACGAAGAGGCCCCUGUACAAGUAAAGAAGAAGGCGCCGCGGAACCUGUCCGCCGUCGUGUCUCAUGGCCUCGUCGCGUUGAAGCGAAGCGCACCACUACGGCUAGCUUUAGGUGAUGCUUGCGUGUUUGGCACGUUGGUGGUGGUGGUCGAUUCUAUUUUAUAUAUGCAGCUCGAGAACGAGUUGGGAGUAUCUCGCACCACAAAUGGUCUAGCGACAACGAUAGCGACGGCCUCGACGUUCCCGUUCUUCUGGUACUCCUCACAACUGAUAAAAAAAUUAGGCCACUGGAAGGUGCUGGCGGGCGCGCAGUGCAUCCUGCCCUUUCGGUUGCUAUUGCAUUCCCUGGUAACGCCGGGGAACGUCGCCUACCUCCUGCCGCUCUGCCAGUUGCUACAUGGUCCCAUGUUCGCGUGCUGGCUGUCGGCCGCAGUCGAGCUCGUGGCGACGCUCGCGCCGCCGGAGCUCGCGGCGUCGUCCCAGAGCCUGCUGACGAUGGCCUACUUCACGAUCGGGGGCUGCGUCGGCCAUUUGGUCUGGAGCGCGGCCUUCGAGGCGUGGGGUGGUAGGGGGACGUAUUUGGUCGCGGCGGGCUGUGCGCUGGUUGCGGCUCUAGGCUUCCUGGCGGCCAUACCGGCGCGUCGUCGAGCGCCGCUCCCGCGUUAUCCUUUGGUGGAUGACGACGUGUCGCCGCCGAACCGCGCGCAGCCCUAGUCGACCCCACGGCGGCGACGUCUGUCUUCCCGUACGCCUACACGCCCCGCUGGGCGCCGGCGCUCGCUCUUAGGUUAGUUUAAUUCGCAGAUAUGUGUUA